AUGGCUGCAGCCAACGCAGCCGGGGUCAUCGACCCCACGAAGACCGGCAAAUACCCCGUCAUCCUCAGCGACGCCCUCCUCGGCAAGCCGGCCAAGGAGAUCUACACCGGCGUGCGAUACAACCACAAGCCCGCCCUCUCGUCAGACACAGCUCCCGCCAAUGCCAGGCUAAAACCGUCCCCGAGCAAUGGCGCCUACGACCUCUCCUUCACCGACGACGGCGGGCGGUACGCAUACAGCGGCAGCCGGUCCUCGACGCCCGACAGCAGCAAUGGCAGCAGCCCCUUCGUCCUCAUCUUCGACCCGUCCCGCCAGGCCUUUGUGCUACACCGCGUAGACUCGGUCUUCAACAUGAACCUCACAAGAACGCCAAACAACACAGACCCAGAGGCGCUCCGCGAGGAGUUCCCCCACCUGAAUAGCACAAUAAAAGUACAGGUCGGCAGCAAUGCCAGCAAGAGCAACUCAAGCAAUGCCGCGAGCAGCUCGAGCGCGGUCAAGAGCAAGCCGGCGGGAGAGAAGUCCGGCAUGAAGGCGCUCGCGAAGCUCAAGGAGCACCAGAACAAGACAAAGAAGGCGACCGAGAAGGAGAGGAAAGAGCCGCCCGCACCGAUCAGCGUGCCUGAACCACUGGCCAAGGUUGAGAAGGUGAAGCGGAGGGACCGCUCACCGGUGGAGAGCGAAGAGGAGGACGAUGAUGACGACGGCGGGCUGCUGAUCGAGUUCCCGGAGGGCGAUGCGCCGACAUCGAGAUUCAACCAGACUACCGACUUCUCUCCGGCGUUCCCAGUAAGACGCUUUUCGGAAUUCGUGAGAGAAGGCGAAGAUGAUCAGGACGACGAUGCCGACGGCGAGGAGGAGUUCGACAUACCAGAUAUUCCCGAGGACGACGAAGAGGAGGAGGACGAGCCCAUGGGGACGUUCAAGCUACCCAGUCCGGUGGGCCAGCAAAACCAGCAAGAGGAUCCGGCCGAUGACGAUGAGGACAUAGAAGACCUAGAGGCUGCGCUGGAGAAGGAGUUUGCAAUGGACUCGGAGAGCUCCGUUAGCGAAGAGGACUGA